GGGCCCAAGGAUGCCAAGGAGAGGAAGGGGAAGAGGAGCGAGGAUAGGAAGAAGGAGAGAAUCCCAGCAGCGGAGAGUGACCGCCCCGCACCAGGACCAGAACCCAUGGACGUAGGGGAGGCUCCCCCAGUAUUGGCCCGGGCCGCCACCGAGCCGCUACCAGGGACAGGGCUGACCACACCACCACCUCCCACCCUGGUGGCUGAAAGACCUCUAACGCCAGGAGGGUCCCUGGAACUGCUGCUAGAGGUUCCCAAAGAGAUGGCCGCGAAAAUCCAGGCCAGGGCAGCGGCAGCAGAUCCCCCAUCACACAGCAGUGAGGUCAUCGUUCCCCUCGCCUGCCGAGAGGUGGUAAUCCCACCCCAAGGAGGUGAGACAGUUAUUCCACCCCGAGGCGGUGAGGCAGUCAUUCCACCCCUGGGAGGUGAGGCUGAUCACCAGGUCAAAGAGGUGGAAGGCCCCACGACUGAGGUUGCCACCGAGGACGAUGACGUGGUUUACGUCCCACCUUCAGCUCCCUCAACCCAAGAGACAGCCAACAAGGACCAGCCUCAAGCUUCCAGCGGCCAACGGUUCGCCCUGGCCCCGGCGCCACGGCCAUCGAAGCCCAGGAGUUCACAGAGGACGCUCCGGCCAGAGGGGAAGGAGUACUGGGCAUGCCUCAGGCCCUUCCUGGAAGACGUGUGGAGGGUGGAGUCCCGUAACCCUGGGUUCGUCAGUGCCCUGCAGACACUGGCCCUACUGCCACAUCAGUACCCGGCCAACAUAAGG